AUGGCUCCGUCCCAGACGCUGCCAGACCAUGCGCCCGAUACAUUGAAAUACUCGCGGUCCGUGUCACGUCUCGAUGAAGAAGAUGAGGACGAGUGGAACCGAACACUUCGGCCUGCUGGCAUGGAACCGCCGCUCCCUCGAUCCGUGGCCCAUUCGAGGGAAUCGAGCUUGGAAAAGUUACAGUUGGGAAGCAAAGGGUCUAGCUCGUCUCAAUCCCCGCCGACUAUCAUAUCUCCUCGAACACAUGCAUCUUCAGGGCGGCAGGGGAUUGGUACUGUAAUGGAACGAAUGGUCGACCCAAAAGCCGCAGCCUACGGCCACCACAGACAGACUUCCAUCGUCCAUGGCAUCCAACACUCGCGAAGUGGAAGUCUCGCAAGCCCCUCUUCGAGCCCUCUCAGCCCUCAAAUGCUGGCCGCGGCUGGCGUGGGCCUCACUGCCGACAGGCCGGACAUGCCGUCAUUCACGACGCGUACAGACGUUGACCCUCUUGCUGGAUCUCGGCCUCCUACCAAUUUCUCUGGCACCACGAUGGGCUCUGGCACCGCAAUGGGCUCUGGCGGGCCCAUGGUCCCAGAGCGGACUUCGUCUGUCACAGACAUGACCACCGUCCACGCGCCAACACAACGCAAACUGGAACGAAUGCACAGCGGUCGCACACGCCGGGACCAUUCUCAUCACCACUCACAUUCCUCACGGCACCCCAAGGACGAACAGAAGACCGUGGGCGAAUACGCACUGCAUGUCUUGUUCACCUCUUUCAUUGCACAAGCGGAAGAGAAGCUGAAUGACUGCAUCACCGUCCCCUUCGACCCCGAACCCCAGAUUGAGCAGAUAUGUGGGCCUGGUGUCGAUGCCUCGUUUGAUCAGUUGAUUGUGGCUCUUGGCCAUAUUGCGAAACAGAAGCCGAAACCACUCAUCGACUCCAUGAUGCUAUGGAGAAAAAGCAAGAGCGAUGCCGCCAACGAUGCCCGAAAUCAGCUGCAGCAGUCCAAAAGCCAUGUAUCGCAGCCUGGUCCGCUGCAAAGGCGCAACACUGAGCCCCUUCACACACUUGCUGGAAAUGUCGGUAGCGAUGGCCUGACAGUGGGAUCCGGCUCGCUAGCUGCCAAACAAGAGUUCGUCGCACAGGCUGAGCGUCGCUCAACCGUGUCCAUAUACAUCCUGUGCAGGGUGCUCCUUGAGGUGAUCAGCCAGAGUAGCCUGUCCUCCAUCACGCCUGAGAUGGAAGAUAAGCUGGAAGGGAUCAUCUUUGGCCAACUGAAGAUUGCUGAUUCCGACCAACUAUACUUGUCGCCGCUAAAGCUAGCAAACUGGAAUCUCUUUGCUCAGUUGCUUGGCGUUAUGAGCGAAAUCAACUUUGCCAGCGUGGCGGACCGGUUCCUUGGCGACCUGGAUCGUUCGCUUCAGGAACAUGCCGCGAGGAGCCCAACCUUGGCCAGUCGUGGUGAUGUCGAUGGCAAGAUGGAGCUUGUGCUUGGAGGGAUGAAGCAUCUGCGCGUCAAGCUCGCGCCGGCGGAAACCUGGGAGCAGUACUGCGAAUUCAUGGUUUCGCUUGGCAAGCUUUUCGGCAGAUCUCAUGGCCAGAAAGUCAAGUCUGCUUUCUGCCAAGCACUCGAGAUGCUCCUCCUACCUGUUGCGGCCAAUGCCAGCAAUAGCGACCUGACCAACCCAAGAUGGGGCGACGUGCUCAGUAACAUCAGUCCGCGACUGGGUCAGAUGUUUGUCAAGCCCCGCCAUUGGUCCUCGGCUUUCCCCUUGACAGCAACCAUGCUCUGCGUCUCUCCUCCUGAUAGUUUCUCGAACCAGUGGCUCCAGUUGGUCUACUCGGUGCAGACCAAGCUGAAAGACCGCGCAACCAAGCCGUUGUCAUUGCAGGUGGUCUCGAGGCUUGUCUGGACUUAUCUCUACCGCACAAAUGAUACAACAGCUGGCGUGACGCGCAAACUUGACGAGGUCAUGAAAAACGUUCUCCCCACUGCCAAGAGAACGAUCACGGCGGCCGAUACAGCUGUCACUGAGCCCUUGAUCCAGAUCAUCAGGUUUAUAGGGUUUAAACAUCCGGAAUACUGUUUCCGGACCGUCAUAUUCCCGCUUAUCAAUGCAGAGUUAUUCUCUUCUGGUCGGGAGCUCAAAGUCGAUAACCUCGAGCCAGACAAGAUCGUUAUCGGUAUCCGAGCUUUCUUAGCCAUCAUAGCAGAUCUUGAGAAGGGCGAAGAGGGAAGGCCGCCUUUCCCUCAGUACAAUGCCUCUACCUCCUCUCCAGAGCGCAUGCCGGCAUCACCCACCAUUGGCUCGCCCCGGGCAGGACCCAUUCCAAAGAGCCAAGCUACCGCUCAAGAGGAUCACCCCUCGACACCCGUGCUCUUAACGGCUCUCAGUGACACAGUGCGCGAGUACUACACAAGGUUCUGUGCGAUAUUGGGCAAGAUUACUCUGAUCUGCGACAAUACAUUCGGAGGUCAGGCAGUACUGGACGAAAAGUUCAACAGUCCUGGACCCAAGACUCCGAUCGUCGAAACCUUCAAUUUCGCGAGACGGGACGAUCAUCCGGCCAUUUCAGACCACAAGCAGGCCUUUUAUGAACUGCUUCACGUUGCAGUACAAGCUUUGCCCAGAUGUCUGUCGGCCGACAUACCCUUCAACUCCCUGAUCAACCUUCUGUGUACAGGCACAGCACACGUCCAGUACAACAUUGCAGAAUCAUCCACCCAGUCUCUCAAAUCAAUUGCUCGUCAAUCACAUGCGCAACCCGUGACUAUGGGCUUCUCCCGCUUCAUCUUCAAUUUUGACGAUCGGUAUUCCACCAUGUCUGACGGUGGAAUGCUUGGGCCGAGUCAUAUCGAGAAUACGCUGAGACUUUACGUGGAAUUGCUCCAGAUCUGGAUCGAAGAGAUCAAGAAAAAACCCCGGGACAGCCCACCGGACUCCGGCGACUCGGGUACGCCCGAUAAGCGGGCCGUGACACUUGACCGGUCCACUGUCUGGGCUGAGGUCGACACGGUGGAAGCUCAUGGGCUUUUCUUCCUAUGCUCUCAAUCUCGGCGCGUCCGUUACUUCGCAAUCACCACUUUACGCCUGAUCAAGGACUUCGUCAAAGCCCUUGAUGAUCCCAAUCUCGAACCCAAGAAUGACUUGAGAUUGAUCGACAUCCUCGAGAAUGACUCUAUGCAAUUGAUGAACUUCAAGGAUGAAACCCUCUCGGUUGCAGAACGAAGUCGUUUGGAGCGAGGCAUGGCGAACAACAAUAACCAGGGAGCCCUCAUCGAGUUGUGCACGAGCGACGUAUCAUACGACACAACCCUCUGGUUUAAGAUAUUCCCCAAUCUCAUCCGCACAGGAUAUGAAAAAUGUCCAUUCACAGUCACUAUUUGCCGAGACUUGAUCUGCAAUCGCAUUUUGCAGAUGUACAAAGCUAUCACUAUUCUCUCAGAGCCAUCAAGAGGGCUCUACUAUGGCUCGGAUCCCGGCAGCGCGCGUUACACCGGGCGCACCCCUACUACGCAGCCCGAAUUACUCAUUGAGCAAUGGAAACUAUACCUUGUGUUCGCGUGCACAACUCUGGCCGAUCCCGGCAGUACACCUGCCGGUGGGCAGGCUGGAAAUCAGCACGGUCGAAAGGGAUCCAGAAACGCCUCGUCUACGGAUAAGAUCGUGACAGCGCGUACGUUGUUCAAAUAUCUCAACCCAUUGCUCUCGGUAUCCUCCGCCUCAGUUCGAGAUGCCGUCGUUGUCGCUAUGGGCUCGAUAAAUAUUCAUAUCUACCGGACAUUGUUGGAAGAACUCCAAGGUCAUGUCUCGCGUUGCAAUGACGAAGCGAGGUCUCGCAUCCACCAAAGGACAGGCAGUAGCCCUCGUCGGAAUCGCCGCAUGGACCUUUUGCGAACCGAGAUCACCCAUGUUUACAAGCUUACGGCGCAUUUCCUCAAGUUGCCAGAGGUUUACCAAGAUGACUGGAUCAUGAACAACCUCGUGACCUACGCCAAAGAUAUCAAGCUGUUCUUGAUGGAUGGAGAAGUGCAGAUGGACUGGGAAUUUCAGAAGCUGCGGCGGCACUAUUGUGGUCUUGUCGAGGAGUUGUACCAAGGCAUCAACAAGACCAAAGACCCAUCGGGUUGGAUGACCUUUGAAGCUCGAAAGUCGUCCUUUGCUCUGAUGGAGGACUGGUGUGGUUUUUCGCCCAACCAGCCCCAGAUCCGACAUCGCGAAGACAAUAUGCGGCAAUCCAUCAUUGACCAGCAAGGCGUUGGUGAGAGAGGCACCCUCACCGCGGCUAUGGAGAUUGAAAAGCGAAAUCUUCGGACUGCUGCGUUGAGUGCCAUGGCCGCGCUUUGCGGAGGACCAAUCGGUAUCACCACUGAGAGCGGGGUUUCUCUUCAAUUCGACGUUCGCAGAAUGCUCGCUUGGAUCGAGUCGAUCUUUACCUCGGGGAAUGAUCGCAUGAAAGUCAUUGGGCGCCGCGCUCUAAAAAACUUGAUUGUGCACAAUCAAGACUAUCCUUAUUUGCUCGAACAUUGCAUCGGACGAUGCUACAAGGCAGAUGUUCCCAAGGUACUCGAGUCUUACUUCGAGGUUGUAACUGAAGUCUUGCCCGAGCACCCCGACUAUCCUUUGCCGUUCUGGAGGCUUCUGGGUCUCUGUCUUUUCACCUUGGGGAAUGAUCAAAGCGAGAUUCGUUCAAGAUCCGCGCAGGUUCUGAGAGCUCUCGAAGAGAGACAACAGGGUCGGAGCUCCAAAAUCCAGGACUUCGACAUCAGCAUCUCCGACAAAACCAAGGCUGUCUAUAAGCUUGCUCAGUUCAAGAUCUCCGAGAGGCUGUCGAAGCAGCACACCGAGCUUGCCUUUUAUAUCUUCUCGGAGUUCACUUUCUACUUCAAGGAUCUGCAUGCUAUUGCGCAGAGGAAUGUCAUUGCAGUCACCUUGCCAUGGAUCCAAUCGAUAGAGUUGAAGCUGGACCCCAAUGGAGGCCCGACGGCUCAGUCAUACGUCCUCCUUGCCAACCUCCUAGAGAUCACGAUCAAAUCCAGUGGAGCACUACACAAUGAAGUUCAAGCACUGUGGCAAGCACUUGCAACGGGGCCACAUCCAGGCAACGUCCGCCUCAUCCUCGACUUCAUCAUGAAUCUCUGUCUGGAGAGGCGAGAGCAAAACUUUGUAGAGUACGCGAAACAGAUCGUCGUGUUUCUCGCGAGCACACAGAGCACUCCGGGCCACAAGGUCGUCGAAUUCUUGCUCUUACAGAUCACGCCAAAAGCCAUGGUCCCUUUUGAGAAGCGAGAAACGACUCCGCUUCCUUCGGAUAUCAGCCUUUUCCCAUACUGCGCUGACCUGUCGGAGGCGCUUCCAAUUGGAACAAAACAAGCUGGUUUCUCAUUAGGACAGCUUUCGCUGAUUCUUCUGGUCGACCUGAUGGUUUCACCUGUCAACCUGUCAUCUGACAACCUCCCCGUACUUCUCCAAGUUGUCACCGUUCUGUGGGACCACUACACGCCGUUGGUUCAAGAACAAGCUCGGGAGAUGCUCGUUCAUCUCAUCCACGAACUAGUCAUAUCCAAACUGGACGAGAAGACUUCAGCGGCUACAAAGGCCAUUGAGGAUCUGAUCGACUCUAUACGCCAGCAUGAUAAGGCUGUUGUCUGGAGCUACGAAGACAACAAUGGCAAGGUAGACAGCCAGGAUAACAAAGUUCCUCCGACCAUGGAGUUUCUGACUGGCGAAGUGGUCAAGACUUUUGAGAUCACCUUCCCAGGCAUUAAAGAGCAAUGGGGGCGGUUGUCGCUGACCUGGGCGACGUCUUGUCCUGUUCGACAUCUUGCUUGCCGCUCCUUCCAGAUUUUCCGAUGCGUGCUCACGUCCUUGGAUCACAUUAUGCUUGCAGACAUGCUCGCCCGACUGUCCAACACCAUUGCAGACGAGGAUACGGAGAUUCAGACUUUUUCCAUGGAAAUACUGACCAGCCUCAAGACUCUGAUAUCCAAGCUCGACCCUGAGGAAUUGAUCACCUUCCCUCAGCUGUUCUGGACUACAUGUGCCUGCCUGGAGUCAAUCAACGAAUGCGAGUUUUUAGAGGCGGUUGAGAUGCUGAACGACUUCCUGGAUAGGCUUGACUUCCAGGAUGCAACCAUUCGACGGCUGUUCAUGGAAGGUCAACCUGCCAAUUGGGAUGGCGUCUUCGAAGGCCUUCAGCCCCUUCUGUACAAGGGUCUGCGAUCAUCCAUUUGCCUUGAGGCUACCUUGAAUACGAUGGACAAGCUUGUCCGCCUUCCGCCAGAUCAACUCGUUGGAGACGACAGUCGUUUAUUCUUCACUAUCCUUGCCAACUGCCCUCGAUUCUUGCAGGAGAUGGAGUCCGAGCAGCUGAGUGAGAAGGUUGUCCGCACCGCCGAAAACCUCUGCGAUCUGGCUGCUGCGCAGGGGUUACCGAGCAUAGCCAUGGUUCUGGACGGCUAUCUUUCCCGCUCUUUUACUAGUGGGAAUGAUUUCAUCGUACAAAUGGUUUCUGCCUUGAGAGAGUACUUCUCCCCCAGGCUCGAUUUCCAGAUGAUUACGACACUGAUGGGCUUGCUCACCAACCAAAUAUCGUGGGUCAAGGUCCAGACGAUGCGGAUACUUUGUGUGGUUAUCCCCGAGAUCGAUAUGCGGAGCCCAGAAAUCGCCGGGCAUGGAUCAGACUUGAUCUCUCCACUGUUACGACUCCUUCAGACAGAGUUUUGUAUGGACGCGCUGAAAGUUCUUGACAACAUCAUGACCAUGUCGGGGUCGUCAAUGGACAAACACCACCUUCGGAUGAGCAUGACCCGUCACACGUCCAAGACCAUCCGCAAGGAGUAUGAACGGACGCAGAGUCUCUUCGGGAUCCCAGAGGACUCUGGAUGGGCAAUCCCAGUUCCCGCCAAGAAAACCGAGUCGACCCGAGCCAAUAUUCACGCUGCCUUCUACACUUGUCAAAGUACAGAGGGCAUGUUCGCCGACCCCACGCCGACCCCUGAGGUAGAGUUUCACGAAGAUGAAUUUCCCUAUGGAUACUUCCCGCCUUCCGAGAGGACGGACACCAUGAUGUCUGACGAAGUGCGCACCGAGAGCAAUGUGGGGGAUCUUGUGACGAAGCUUGACAGCCUGGACGACUUUUUUGAUGAUCACGAUAUCGGAACGGGGCCCCCAAGCGAUGGUCGUUCGUCCAUGGCAACGAUUACAGAAUCCUUCCCUGAGGGUUUCGCAUCUGAUGCCCAGCUUUACGAUGAACAUAUCCUGCCCAUCUUGCACCAGGCUUCCACCAACACAGUAUUCCAGAACGGCUUCGCUGACAGGCCCCCCAUGCCUCGCGAGGGCAACGCCAACACAAUGAACCCCGGCGCUUUUACCUUUGACCAGAAUGUUUCGGCCCGGCCCGCGUUGCAUUCUCGCUCAAUCACAUCGCCCUCGGCUCCUGCCUCUUACCACCCAAAUAUCAUGGGCGAUCUCACCUCGGAUGACGAGUCCGAGGACAUUUUCUCUGAUGGAGAUGACGAGAGAUUAGGCGCCGGUGGCCCUGAAGGCUCAUUCUUCUUGGAAAACAUGAUCAGACCCUUGGCACAGGGUACGCGAUCGCGAAUGAGGCGACUCACUGGAGGCCGGUCACGGGACGAGCGUGGCGACACGAGACUUCCUAUCUCUCCUCAGGUACCGAAGCUCCCAAAUGCCUACCAGCCCUCGGCACAAUGA